CGGGGAAACAUCACCCACAUUGCUUGACAACCAUGCAGAUACUCGGAGUCCCUUUUUUGCUGUUUUGGCUCGUUUGGGGCCACUCCUGCGCUCUCGGCGGAAAAGUCAACAAGCACAAGCCAUGGAUAGAAACAUCUUACCACGGGGUAAUCACAGAGAACAUGGACACGGUGCUGCUGGACCCUCCGCUGGUAGCCCUAGACAAGGAUGCCCCAGUCCCCUAUGCUGGGGAGAUUUGUGCCUUUAAGAUCUAUGGUCAGGAUGCUCCAUUCGAGGCUGUGGUGUUGAACCGCACAUCAGGAGAGGGAGUCCUGCGAGCCAGCAGCCCUGUGGACUGUGAGAGCCAGAAAGAGUACACCUUCAUCAUCCAGGCCUACGACUGUGGGGCCGGACCCAGCGGGGCCGACUGGAAGAAAUCCCACAAGGCGGUGGUUCACAUCCAGGUGGAUGAUGUCAACGAGUUCUGCCCCGUUUUUCGGGAGACACUUUACAAGGCAUCGGUUACAGAGGGCAAAAUCUACGACAGCAUUUUGCAGGUGGAAGCUUGGGACCAAGACUGUUCACCACAGUACAGCCAGAUCUGCAACUAUGAGAUUGUCACUGCAGGGACACCAUUUGCCAUAGACCGCAAUGGUAACAUCAGAAACACAGAGCGGCUGAGCUAUGACAAGCAGCAGAGCUACAAGAUCAUGGUGACGGCCUUUGACUGCGGUCAGAAGAGAGCAAAGGAGGAUGUGCCUGUGCAUAUUGAUGUCAAGCCUGUCUGUAAGCCCGGAUGGCAAGGUUGGAACAAGAGGGUAGAUUAUGAGCCAGGGACUGGCAGCAGGCAGCUGUUUCCCAAGAUGCACUUGGAAACAUGUGGAGGUCCCCUGUCUGGAGUGAAGGCGAUGGUCGAGCUCCAGACCAAUCACAUCGGGAAGGGCUGUGACCGAGAAACGUACUCUGAGAAGUCUCUGCAAAAACUCUGUGGUGCAGCAUCAGGCAGCACUGACCUCCUCCCUGCUCCCAGCCCUUCAACAAACUGGACAGCUUCACUGCUGACUGACAGCGGCCGCGACAGUGACCUCAUCUACAGAUUCGACGGACGUCAAGCUGCUAAUGUUCCAGAUCACGUGGUGCCCCAGAACCUGACAGACCAGUUCACCAUAGCAACAUGGAUGAAACACGGGCCAAGUCCAGGACUCAGAGCUGAGAAGGAAACCUUACUGUGUAACUCUGACAAGACUGAAAUGAACCGCCACCAUUACUCUCUGUAUGUCCACAACUGCCGCCUGGUGUUCCUGCUCAGGAGAGAUUUCACUCAGGUCGACACUUUCAGACCUGCUGAGUUCCACUGGAAACUGGAGCAGAUCUGUGACAAGGAAUGGCACUAUUAUGUGAUCAACGUGGAAUUUCCUGCCGUCACACUCUUUGUGGAUGGUGUGACCUAUGAACCCUACCUGGUGACGGAUGACUGGCCGAUCCAUACCGCAAAGAUUGAUACACAGCUGACUGUGGGUGCCUGCUGGCAAGGUGGUGAGGUAGGGACCCCGAGGUUCACCCAGUAUUUCCGUGGCAGCCUAUCAGGUCUGACAAUCCGUCCGGGCCGCAUUGAAACCCAGAAGGUUAUUUCCUGUUUGCAGGCCUGCAAAGAAGGUCUUGAUAUUAACUCCCUUGAAAGCCUCGCUAAGGACAUCAAGUUCCAUUUUAACCCCGCCCAGUCUGUGCUGGUGGUGGAGGGAGAGGAUCUGGACAGCAUCAACACAGCCAUGACCAAGGUGUCCUACAUUAACUCCCGCCAGUUCCCCACACCCGGCCUCCGACGGCUACACAUCACCACCACAGUACAGUGUUUCGGCGAGGACACGUGUCUCUCCAUCCCAGACAUCAGGUCAGUGGUUAUGGUCCUGCAGCCCAGUGAACCGAGAAUCACCAUUUCAGGAUCUAAUCGGCUCGUCAGGCCUGCCAGCGACCUGCGGACUCCGCUGGGUGUGGCACCCUUCAAAGAGCUUCACAUCACCAGCACAGUAAUGAAGGGAGACAGCUUCGGUGGAUUGCGCAGACCAGGUGUGAUGGAGGUGAUGCAUAACCUGGACUACUGCGAUGUGCUGGUAAUUGGGGAAGAACUGAAUCCUGACAGAGAGAGUCUGGAGAUUCAUCACAUUGCCCUGUUGGGAAAACACCUGGAUGCCACUAACUCCACCUCUGGAAUAUCAAUAUAUGGUGUGGACUCCAUGGCCCACUAUGAGCAGGCACUGAGACAGGUGCACUACAGGAACUGGCGACCUGCCACCCUGAGUGAGCGAAGGUUCAGACUCACCUGCUCUGAACUCAACGGACGUUACACCAGCAACGAGUUCAAUUUGGAGGUCAGUGUCCUUCACCACUCAGCACCUGUGGAACAUGUUAAUCAUAUGGCUGCCCAACCUCAGUACAUGAGACCCGUCCAUCACCCACUCAUGAUACACACGCUCAACUCACACAUGUCAGGAGCAGCACCUCCGGCAGCCACUGUAGUUAUUGUGGUUUGUAUCGCCGCCCUGGUGGUUAUUGUGGUGAUCGGCGUGUACAGGAUCCACGCCACACAUCAGGAGGGGUCUAGAGAAGACGAGGACGAGGUCAAAGACACUGAGGAAGACUGGGACAAUUCUGCACUCACCAUCACUGUCAACCCCAUGGAGAACAUAAAAGGAGCACAGGCACAAGACGAGGAGGUAAAAGAAGAAGAACGUGAGGAGGAGGAAGAAGAAGAGGAUGAGGAGCAGGUGGGAGGAAUGACAAGUGCCGAGUCAGACAACAGUGAUGAAGAUGAAGAGGAUGGAGAAGAAGAAGAGAGAGAAGAGAUGAAAGAGAGUAAGCGGAAGGGAAAACUAGAGUGGGACAGUUCCUCCAUAACAUACUGACCAAACAUACAUGAACAUAUACCUGCACAUAUAAACACUCUUUACAUUUUCAUCUCUCUCUCUCUUUCUGUCAGCCACACACAAACACACAUCAUGCAGACAUUCCUUCACGCUCGCGACUCGCACACAAACGCUCACAGAAACAAAAUCUCUGAUAAAAUUAUUUACAAUCUGUUGCUGGAAAAAAAAUACUUUGUUGUCAUUUUUAAUGACACAUCUUCCUCUGCUGGACAAAGUCAGAACUACAGAAUCAGCUGCAGUCCCACAGUGCUGGAAAACAUAUUGUCUGUAUGUACUUUAUUAUUCACAUCACAGUCAAUGAAGCAAAAUAUAUGAUUCACAUCAAACACGCACAGUCUUCACAUUAUAUGGGCAGAAUUAGUUUUGCUGAUAAAAUUUAAAACUCUUAAAUAAAGUGACACAAAUUGUUCCCAUAUCUUACAUCAACACAAAGAUAAUGUGGGCUUUUAUCCCAACAUUUAAUAUGUGCAGUUACAUGUGUCCUCAGUAGAGGUCUUCACAUGUCAGAAAAUUCAACCCAAACAGACCAAGAACUAAACUGAACCGGAGCGUCUGUUAUUUGAAAGCUGGACAUCCAUAGAGAACUGAGAAAUGUUGAACUUGAACCCAGAAACCCAGACCCGAUAGGCAACAUUUUCAUAGCUGAUUGCUAUUAACAAGUUAUUGUUUAUUUAUAAGUUUAUAUAAUCCAUCCUCCUUUCCAAAAAUAUUGGUAAAACACAUUCAGGAUUAAAGGUCUUAAAAUCUGCUCAGGUUCUCAUUGGGUGCACUGGGCCUGAGAUAACUAAGGUGUUCUGUGAUCCUGUGACACCUAUUGAUCUGGUUAGUGCAGAGCAGAUUUUACUGUGCAUGUGUUAAUGAAAUGACACCGUUAGACCCUGUGUCAUCUCUUUUUACCCUCUUUGGCUGGUGCACGUCAUCUGUUACCACCUUGUGAUCACAGAUACACUGUGAUCACACUUCUCGGAUACACUCUGGUAUUACACAUGAUGUGAAACAGACCUGGGACCCACAGUAAUAGAACAGGAUCUGACUCGACUGUAUAACGUUGAGCCAAACCCCUGUGGGUCCCCAGUUGGGUCUUGUAUCCUUGGGUUUGGGUUGACUCGUGAAGACCUCUAGUCCUCAGACUACUUCUAUAUAAUUUAUGUUUUGUUUGACCCGACUUAUCAGCGAGCUGUAUCCAUAUCCACAUCCAUUACUUAAUGUAUCCAUAAACGUUUUUAAAUAUUAUUCCUUUAGCCUGUAUAGAAGGUAUAACAUAGCUGUACUGUCACUGAGUGUUUGUCCUCUGUUCUCAUCUUGAACUCAGACCUUCUCCUCUGUGUGAUCUGUUUCUCUAAGUAGCCCACAGUGCUGUAGUUCUGUGGCCUGGACACUAAAGAGAAACCCUGGAUGUGUUAUCUCUAACACCAUAAACAUUCCACAUUUGUCCUGAUCUAUAUACAAAGCAGACUCAUUACAUGUUCAAUAUCUUCCACCUUUGUUGUUGUUUUUUUAAGUAUUUUAAAGCUAAACUCAUCACUGCUCCGUCAGUUCAUGAGCUGAUGGAAACAGUUGAUUGUAGUUAAAAUACUGUUAGAAACAAAAGAGCUGUUUGUUUCCAUCUGUCUGUGUACAAAAUCUAUCCAUACUGUGGCCUAUUGUAGCUUUUACUGUUUAGGGUUAGAACAGUUAUCUUUCUUUUUUCAGCAGAUGAAAUGAUACGGAGAUGUUACUGUAUGCUAUCCCGUCUUUCUGCUGUUUUUAAUUCCAUUGUAAAGGGAGCCCUCUAUGCAAUUAUGGGCCCACUAUAAGGUACAGUACACAGAAACAGGGGUACUCCAGUGAUUAGUGCUGCACUUCAAUAAUGUUGGGGGGACUUACAGGAGACAGUUUGAAAAAAAAAAGGUAAAAAUUUCAACCGAGGUGGAGAUAUCCUGAUUUUAGUGCCUAGUUAUGGAUUAAUUUUCAAAAAUACUGAAUUCUACACUUCUCAUAAUGAAACUCAGUAGCAUUUCAGUCUGCCUGGCAAAUACACAGGGGCCGGUUUCACAAAGAUAGACUGUGGCUUGGAUCAAAUUGUCAGACUUAAGAAAGACAUCUACAUUAAUUUGCAUAAAGGUGUGCAGUACUUGAGUUAAAAUGACUAAUUUGCUAUUAAAGACUUUUCAAACAAAAACUGGCUGACCAAGCAUUAAGCACUCUUAACAAGAUAAGAAAAAAACAAACAUAUUUUUUACAUGUCCACAAAUUGUUUGUCCAACAUGAGGAAACAUAUGUUUGAAAAUAUGUAAUCAGAUGUAGAUUAUUAUAAAUUCUAGAUUCUUAUAUUUCUAUAUUAGAAUAGUAUAUGUUUUAUAAUUGUGUUAUCUGUGUAUGUUUAUUACUAUGUUUUUUAACUCCUGUACUGAUCAACAAUUAUUAUCCAGUAGGAUUCAUCAUUUAGAGCAUGAAUAAGAGCAGAUUUGGACGGUUAACAGCAUUUUCUGCAUAUGAAGUUGGCGUCUCUUAUUAUUGUCUCAACAGGAAAUUCAGGGAAAAUAUAGGAGAAAUUUAAGAUAAUGUUGCUGCAUGAGGCCCAUUGUUAGCAAACCAGAAAUUAUGAGUUAUAUUCUCUUUUUUCGUCAAUAUGUGGUGUUGGUAAGCCAGUGUCCCUGCUACAUUUUUGUGAAAAAUCUUAAAUUAGACUAAUCUGAUAGUCCAAAACAAGACUAAAUCACCCCUCUAAAAUAUUUUUGUGAAACCGGCCGCAGGUCUUCUGAACUGAUAGAUAACCCUGAUUACAUCAUCAAGGUUAUUUUCUUAUAAUUGACGGAUGGCAUUAUGUUUUUCUCAAACGAGUAGUGUUUCUUUUGAAGAGUAAACUAAACUAAACGUAUUAAGUGUAGGAGUGCUCCUUCAGUCAGGUGAAGGCCCGCAGAGCUAAAUGCUGGAGAAAAAAGAAGCAGACUGAUUGUUUAUGUCACUGGUGUUAUCAAGUCACCACUCCUGCACAACUUCACCAGAACGACAAACAGAAGGGGAAACUUCAUUGAUAUUAAGUCCAACUUGUGUCAUUAUUACUGCAAAGUAAGUAAACUAAAAAAGUUUAGCAUUAAAAUGAUCAGAAAGUAACAUUAACAUUCCCUCCCACCUGUUCAUGUCCACACAGUAUCAGUGACUAUUCCUCCAUCUGAGCUCCUCAACUGAUACUGAUCCUGUUCACCUGCCCCCCCCCCCCCCUUUGGCCUUUAAGCACCUGUGAUUGUGAUGUCAUCAUUGUGAAACAACUGCCUUGUUUCCCUCGUCCCCCUUUGUCAUAUUGUGCUUCUGAAAGAUUAAAGAGAAAAAAGGAUUCUUUUACAUAUAAAAACAAACCCUGUAAAAAUGUUCAAGACGGUUAUUUUAUAUAUCUGUUUCUUUUUCUUUUUGUAAACAAAAUGGUUGGGAUUUCUCUCUCUUUAGUGGUCAUCCCACUGCUUUCUGUAUAUUGACCAAUAAAGACUUGUUUUAGACUCUA